GCGCUUCGUCCCGACCUGCCAGUGAAGAGACCGAAGGCCUGGGAGCUUCUAAAUUCAUAGACGAUGAGAGCAGCCUCGUCCCGGCGCACAUCCGUGUUAUAGACAGUGUCCUAGUGCUUCUCACGAUGAUCAUAGAGAAUGUGGAAGCCCUGAAGUCGUGGCUGGCAAAACUCCUGGAGCCAAUAUGUGAUGCUGACCCGUCUGCGUUAGCCAACUAUGUCGUGGCUCUGGUGAAAAAGGACAAAGUGGAGAAGGAUCUGAAAGCACUUUGCGCUGAUCAGCUUGAUGUCUUCUUACAAAAAGAGACAACAGGAUUUGUCGAUAAACUCUUUGAAUGUCUGACAACCAAGAACUACCUGGGAAGUCCUGCUGCCAAGGAGACUCCUAAAGAGGAGGUCAAACCGCCGGCAGCCAAGCCAGAUGCUGUGGAGGCUGAAACACCAGAGGAGGAGAGAGAAAACAGGUGGAGGAGAAGUCCUCUGAGGAAUCGCUCUGACUUUGAGUCCAGGAACCGUGAUGACAGGAGGCGAGAGGAGCGCAAGCGACGCGACUUCGAGCGGCACGGGAAAAGCAGCAGCGACUCCCACCGCGAGCGGGAGCGGCACGAGCGCCGCAGGGGCAGCCCCCGGGGGAGGAGCUACAGCCGCAGCCGGAGCAGGAGUGGCAGUCGAGGAAAGGACCGGGAGCACAGAGGAGGCAGAGACUUUAAGUCAAAGUUUGAGGUGGAAAGAAAAGAUACCGACGGCUACAACUCUUCAACCACGUCCGGCCCCCAGCAGCAGCACCCUCCGCCUCUCCUGCCCACACCUCCUCACCCCUUUUCCUCCUCUUCCCAAUCGGCCGCUGGCGUCUCAGGACCUGGAGGCGUUCCUGUAGCAACACUGGCUCACCUGCCUGACAGCACCACAGACAGCUGGUCGGGCUACUAUGGAGCCCAGAGGCAGGAUGGUGUCGUGAAGCCAUUCAGCAACAAGGUCGUUUCACUCAAACAGCGUUGCAGAGAUUAUGAUGAAAAGGGAUUUUGCGUCCGUGGUGACCUUUGUCUAUUCGACCACGGCAACGACCCUCUCAUCGUGGAUGAUGUCAAUCUACCAAGUAUGAUUCCAUUUCCACCGCCGCCUGUUAUGCCCCCCACUGGCCUGCCUAUGCCCCCCACUGGCCUGCCCAUGCCCCCGAUCACUGAGCCGCCCCCUAACCUCAGGAUACCUCCGAUGCCACCUUACGGCCAACCACCACCACCGGGCGUCUUCCCGUUAAAUGGACCCCCACUGAUAGCAACCAGUGGGAUCGAUCCUCCCAACCACCAAUCGGCAAUCGCUCCUUCUCCUCCUGGUGGACCGCCUGGUGUGGGACGGCCACCAACUCUUCCUCCUCCUCCUCCUCCUCAACCUCCUCCUCCUCCUUCGUCCUCGUCUGUGUCCCUUCAUCCCCAAUAUGUCCAGUCUGAAUAUAACUAUGAUCCGGAGGGCUACAACCCAGAAUCCCCAGCCCUGACUACAUCAGGUCGUAACCAGUACCGUCAGUUCAUUCCCCGGGUGCAGACCCAGCGCUCCAACCUCAUCGGCCUCACCUCCAACGAAGGACAAGGAUCCAGAGCUGCAAACAUAGUGAUUCAGACAGAGCCAGUCCCUGCAGCCAGUGCUCCUGGAAGUAACGUGCCCCGUUUCAACGCCGAGCUGGACAUCAGGAAGAGAACCAUGGGACAUAGUGUACCUGAAGGACCAGCAGCUAAAAAACCCUGGAUGGAGAAGACAAACUUUAACAACCAACAUAAGAACAGCUUUCCUAAGAGGAAUCACUACGUGAACACAAAGCUGGAGGUUCGCAAGAUCCCUCGAGACCUCAACAAUAUCACCAAGCUCAAUGAGCACUUCAGCAAGUUUGGAACCAUCGUCAAUAUACAGGUUGUGUUUGGUGGAGACCCGGAGGCAGCGUUGAUUCAGUACACAAUGAAUGAAGAGGCCCGGCGGGCCAUAUCCAGCAUCGAGGCGGUCCUCAACAACCGCUUCAUCCGUGUGUACUGGCACCGUGAGCCCGGCACCAACCCCACCGGGCUUCAGCAGCCGGAGCAGAGCUCAGGGAGCCAGCUGCCGGGUUUGACCCCCAGCCAGGGGCCGCAGCACAGCAACAUGCAUAAGGGAAUAAAACAGCACUGUCCAGCCGCCUAUGUGUUGAACAAGACUGUACCAAAGCACCGCCUGCCAGCAGCCGCUGGGGCCACAGGUGGAACCAGGCCAGACCACCUGAACCCAAACACAGAAGCCGCCUAUAUGGCGAACCCCCAGAAGAACCCCUACACUUCCACAGCCCUCAAGUCGUCCUCAAAGAGCUUUGGGAGAACGGGAAAAGCACUAGAGGCACAGGAAGUCCUCAAGAAGAAACAGGAGGCAUUAAAACUGCAGCAGGACAUGAGAAAGAAGAAGCAGGAGAUGUUACAGACACGGAUCGAGUGUCAGAAGACCCUGAUAAACCGUCUGGAGAAGAACCGAGGGAUGAAACCCGAGGAAAGAGCCAACAUCAUGAAGACCUUGAAGGAGAUGACGGACAAGAUCACGCAGCUGCAGAAUGAGUUGAAUCCUUACUCCAAAUCCAACCACAGCCAGUCCAAGACCAAGACUGAUGCCCAGAAGGAACUGCUGGAUGCAGAGCUGGACAUUCACAAGAAGAUGAGCUCCGGAGAGGACACGACAGACCUCAAGAGAAAACUGGGGCUGUUACAAGUGGAGGCGACGCGGCUGGGGCUGAUCCGGCCUCCGACAGGUCGAGGUCGGGGUCGAGGGAAGAUGGCCCAUGAGCCUGGCCCGAUGCACAUGGGCCGGGGGAGGGGCCGGAGCCGGGAGAUGAUGGCUCGCGGCGGGGCCGUGAACCGUAUGUCGGUCGACCACCGACCCAGAGCCCUGGCUAUUUUGGGGGUCACUCAGCAGGAGAAGGAGGAACUGAUGCCGCACUUUGUGAAAUACGGGGAGAUUGAGGAUUUCCGUGACCAAGACGCUAACAGUGUCGUCAUGACCUUUAAAACACGAAGCGAAGCAGAGAAUGCAGCGAACCAGGGAGCUAAGUUCAAAGGUCGAGUGCUGCAGAUUUCCUGGUACAAACCCAAGACCCCCUCUGUAAACACGGAGCCAGAGGAGGAAGAGGCUAAAGACGAGGACAAUAAGAAGGAAGCUGGCUCUUAUUUGCCUGGUGAGGAAGAGGAGGAAGAGGAAGACGACGACGAAGAAGACGAGUACGAAAGCCGAUCUUGGAGGCGGUGAAGGCUACCUGAGUCGCCCGUCACCUGCUCUUCAGUGGAAUCAGUACUUACCCUGACAUGAAGAUAAAAUCGAUUCAACGGAACUCACAUUUUUUAUUUCCUUUCCAGUAUUUUCAAACCAAGUCAUUUUAAACUCUUAUCAAAGUAAAAAAAACAUCUUUACUUUAUUGAACAUCGCAAGAAGUUUAGGGGGGUCGAUGUUUUUUGUAUCCCUCGACGAAACAAUUAUUUAAAACAUCUCACUUUUGCUGAGAAAGAUAAAUGUUAAGUUGUUCUUAUAGAUAGAAAAAGAAACCUAUGUGAGUUGGAGUGUGCUUACCAGAUGAUUAAUAUCAGUAAUGCACAACAUUUGUGUCUACUGUGAAUAGGUAUUUUUAUACAUACUGUAUUUAAGCUCUUUUCUCACCAGUUUUUUGAAAGACCUUGUCCUCGGUUCAGGGACAGCCAUUCCAUCACCAACAGAACGUUCUCGGUCGCUGCCGGAGAGAAACUUAUUUAUUUUCCCACUGUGCCGUACCUAUAUUGGCACAGUUUGGUAUGGUUCCUCACAUUUCUUUGACAGUGGCCUCUUUGUGCUGGUAUGAACCCAGUCUAGUUGGUGCAUGUUGUAUUCCUAAACAAACGGAGCCACUCCCCUCCCAGCACCCGAGGGGGCUGAUGCUGCACCACGACCACAUUCGAGGCAGUGCAGGUACAGACGGAUUCCAGUGCAAUAGAAAAGAACAACAACGAUGUUUACAGAUUACCACGUCCAUGCACGUCACAGACAGGUUCUCCCCCCUUGUGUGUUUUUUGUCCUUCACUCAAUGUCCGGUGCCACUCUUGUGUAAAUACAAACACCAUCAACUGGUGUUCUACAUUUUCUAAGAGUGUCCAACAUUUUCCACUUGUUCUACUCUGUCACCGGCUCAAACGAAGGCCCUGACAGGACAAGGAUCAGAUCACCCAUUUAAAAAUUCUACAUAAAAUGUGAGAUCCAUAGACAGGUGACUGAAUGUAAUACUGAACAGUUGAUUUUAAUAUAUAUAUAUAUAAAUAUAUAUAUUUAGUUUCUUUGCCUUAAACAAUCAGCAGAAGGCUGAAUUUUUACAAGAUUUGUGAUUUACUUUUGUAAAUUUUGUAAAUGCUUGUGAGAGAAAUUACAGUGUUUGUUUGGUUUUGAGUUUAGUUUUUUCUCUCAUGUCAUUUGAAAUGAAUGACCAGGCUGUUUUCAGGUAGAGCAGGUCGAACCAGAGAGGCAGGAAGUCUGCAUUCGUGAGCACAAAGCCACGCUGUCAUUUCUCUUAAGUUUGUAAUAUUGUUUAAAGAAACAUUCAGAGCUGCUCUGAUCUGUGGGAAUCACUCUGUAGAAAGCCACCAUAGGAAAAGGACGGAUGUGGUGUCCUGCAUGCACCUCCCACUGUUAGGUGUCCAUUAGUGCAGCUUUGUCUACAGCUGACUAUGGUCACACAAUGCUCUAAAGCCACAACCACAGUGUGCACCUUUCAUGUCCACAGAACUAGUUUAACCUUUAACACAGACUGCGUUAGAACCCUCAGGGGAGGAGGAAUGAGAAUCAAUUAAUUGUGUGUAAAUGUGCUCAAUGCAAGAUAACACUUAUUUUUUUUCUUUCUUUCGCUGCUUCCCUUAAACAACUAACAACGUUUACACGCAGCCUCAUGAAGUGUCGUCAGACGUAUGCUUUAUCAUAACUCGAGUAGACUGAUCAUAUCCCGGGGACGGAACCAGUCAGAGGGCAACAGUCAUGCAGGCUGGAAUCUGUGUGUGAAGUAUUUUUCCCUGCAUGUGAACACAGUAAAUCCUUUUCCUCGCAUCUACUGUGACGGUAGCGUUUUCUUUUUUUGGAUUUCAUAUCUCACUGUUGCUCCGAGGCCUCUUGCCAUCGACGUUACUGUCCCAGUCGAACGUUUUGAGUCCACCAUCACUGUCAGGAUGAGGUGUUUUAGGUUUGCGAUGAAAAGCUGAAACUUUUCCCUUCGCACACUCCGUACUUUCUUAUGAUUUGCUCGUGGCAGUUUUAGAGGACAAACUGAUACUGGCAGGGUUCUCGCUUGUGUUAGUGAUGACGCAGAGAUGGUCUCUCUCUCUCCCACUUUUUUGUACUAUCUCCUGUAUGCUACUAUCACACUAGUGUAAAAACAAAUGUAAAAUGUUUAUUGGAUAAUAGUUUUGGAUUUGUAACUGUUUAUAUUUGCAGGGUGUGGAUGUAUUUUCUUCAUGUAUUUUGUUUGUAAAAAUGGAUUUCUAAUUGACAAGCAUGUUUGCUUUUGCCAAUAAAGAUGGAGGAAUGGGGUGCUUAGAAGAUUGAAAAAAAAAAAGAAGGAAAAGUGAAAAAAAAAAAAAUAGUUUCAAUUGGAUCUUGGAGGGAAAAAAAUAACAUUUUGAGUUGAAAGAAAACCGACCAAAAAAAGAAGUCGAUAUUGGCAAAGAAAAAAAAUCAAACAAAAGCAUUCCUGAAAAUAUGAACUGAAA